AUGUCCGAACGUAAAGUUCUCAACAAGUACUAUCCGCCGGAUUUCGAUCCCUCUAAGAUUCCUAGGGGAAAGAGACCGAAGAAUAGUCAACAGGUUGUGCGUCUCAUGGCUCCCUUUUCCAUGCGGUGUAAUACAUGCGGUGAAUACAUUUACAAAGGCAAGAAGUUUAAUGCACGAAAGGAGACGGUGAACGGGGAGGAUUACUUUGGCAUCCGCAUUUUUCGCUUUUAUAUUAAAUGCACACUAUGUUCGGCAGAGAUUACCUUCAAGACAGAUCCAAAGAACACUGACUAUGCUGCGGAACAUGGUGCUUCACGAAACUUCGAACCGUGGAGAGAAGAGCGCAUUGCCGAUGAGGAAGACCGGUUAGCCAAGCUUGAAGAGGAAGAGAACAACCCCAUGCGCGCACUCGAAAACAGGACAGUAGACUCGAAGCGCGAAAUGGACAUUCUUGAUGCCCUCCAAGACAUUCGAGCUCGGAACGCGCGAAAUGAAAAGGUUGACGACGAAGCCAUUCAGGAAAUGCUCGCACGGCGCAUGAACGAGGAAGUACUGGAGGAAGAUGAGGCAGAGGUAGAGCGACGGCGGUGGGAAGAAGAGGACCAGAAGGAGGCCGAACGAGUCUUCUCCAAGCUCGAGACGGACGCAGGAGGCAAAGUGACGCUGAAGCGCAAAGCAGAUGGAGAAGCACCAGACGUCAAGAGUUUGCUUUCCGAGACCAGUCGACAAAUGGUGGAAGCCAAGGACGUUCUCGCGCCCCCAGCAAAGAAGCCCAAGACGGCGCUCGCCAAUUCCCUGGGCAUCAAGACUGCACGACGGAAGCCAGCACCAGCCAAAGUCACUUGA